GGAGAAGCGAGUUCCUAGGAUCCCCCAGGAGCCGCCGCCGCCACCAGUACCGCCGUGUCCGCUCCAAGCCUCGGCAGCCGGAACAGGGCCGCCGUCGGGGAGCCUCAAAGCACCGUCCCCAGCUCAGCAUGAUGGACUUGGAGCUGCCGCCGCCGGGACUGCCGUCCCAGCAGGACAUGGAUUUGAUUGACAUACUUUGGAGGCAAGAUAUAGAUCUCGGGGUAAGUCGAGAGGUAUUUGACUUCAGUCAACGACAGAAGGAGCAUGAGCUGGAAAAACAGAAAAAACUUGAAAAGGAAAGACAAGAACAACUCCAAAAGGAGCAAGAGAAAGCCUUUUUUGCUCAGUUACAACUAGAUGAAGAGACCGGCGAGUUCCUCCCCAUUCAGCCAGCACAGCACACACCAUCUGAAGCCAGUGGGUCUGCCAACUACGAGACCGGCGAGUUCCUCCCCAUUCAGCCAGCACAGCACACAGCAUCAGAAGCCAGUGGGUCUGCCAACUACUCCCAGGUAGCCCACAUUCCCAAAGCAGAUGAUUUGUACUUCGAUGACUGCAUGCAGCUUUUGGCAGAGACAUUCCUGUUUGUAGAUGACAAUGAGGUUUCUUCGGCCACGUUUCAAUCACCUGUUCCCGAUAUUCCCAGCCACAUCGAGAGCCCAGUCUUCAAUGCUCCUUCUCAGGCUCAGUCACCUGAAACUCUGUUCGUUCAGGUAGCCACUGCUGAUUUAGACGAUAUGCAGGAGGACAUUGAGCAAGUUUGGGAGGAACUACUAUCCAUUCCAGAAUUACAGUGUCUUAAUAUUCAAAAUGACAAGCUGGCUGAGACUAGUACAGUUCCAAGUCCAGAAACCAAACUGACAGAAAUUGACAAUUAUCAUUUCUAUUCAUCAAUGCCCUCACUGGAUAAAGAAGUUGGUAACUGCAGCCCACAUUUUCUCAAUGCUUUUGAGGAUUCCUUCAACAGCAUCCUCUCCACUGAAGACUCCAGCCGGUUGACAGUGAAUUCGUUAAAUUCAACUGCCACAGUAAAUACAGAUUUUGGUGAUGAAUUUUAUUCUGCUUUUAUAGCAGAGCCCAGUACCAGCAACAGCAUACCCUCCUCUGCUACUUUAAGCCAGUCACUCUCUGAACUUCUAAACGGGCCCAUUGAUCUCUCUGAUCUGUCACUUUGUAAAGCCUUCAAUCAAAACCACCCUGAAAGCACAACAGCAGAAUUCAAUGAUUCUGACUCUGGCAUUUCACUGAACACAACAAGUCCAAGCAUGGCAUCACCAGACCACUCAGUGGAAUCUUCUAUCUAUGGAGACACAUUGCUUGGCUUCAGUGAUUCUGAAAUGGAAGAGAUAGAUAGUGCCCCUGGAAAUGUCAAACAGAAGGGUCCCAAAACACAGUCAGUGUGGCCUUCUGGGGACCCAGUCCAACCUUUGUCAUCAUCACAGGGGAACAGCGCUGAAGCAUGUGAUUCCCAGUGUGAAAAUGCACCAAAGAAAGAAGUGCCUGUAAGUCCUGGUCAUCGAAAAACCCCAUUCACAAAAGACAAACAUUCAAGCCGCUUGGAGGCUCACCUCACAAGAGAUGAGCUACGGGCAAAAGCUCUCCAUAUCCCAUUCCCUGUAGAAAAGAUCAUUAACCUCCCAGUUGAGGACUUCAAUGAAAUGAUGUCCAAGGAGCAAUUCAACGAGGCUCAACUUGCAUUAAUUAGAGAUAUACGUAGGAGGGGUAAGAAUAAAGUGGCUGCUCAGAAUUGCAGAAAAAGAAAACUGGAAAAUAUAGUGGAACUGGAGCAAGAUUUAGAUCAUUUGAAAGAUGAAAAAGAAAAAUUGCUCAAAGAAAGAGGAGAAAAUGACAAAAGCCUCCAUCUCCUGAAAAAACAACUCAGCACCUUGUAUCUUGAAGUCUUCAGCAUGCUACGUGAUGAAGAUGGAAAGCCUUACUCUCCAAGUGAAUACUCCUUGCAGCAAACAGGAGAUGGCAAUAUAUUCCUUGUUCCCAAAAGUAAGAGGCCAGAUAUUAAGAAAAACUAGAUUUUGGCCUCUUCUGAUAGUGAUUUUGGGUUUUUUUUUGUACUGUUAUACUAAAAAAGCUCCUACUGUGAUGUGAAAUGCAGAAAUAUACUUUAUAAGUAAUUCUAUGCAAAAUUAUACUCAACUAGUGUAGAAAAUAUAAAACUUUAAAAAGCAUUAAAAUAAGUUAUCAGUAUGCUGAAUCAGUAGUUUCACUUUAACUUUGUAAACUCAAAAUUUCUUAGACCACCAUUUGGGCUAGUUUCUAUAUACUGUAAAUACUACAAAAACUCCUUAUUUAUACUGUUCUUAUCUCAUUUGUUACAUUCAUAGAUUUAUAUGAUACAUCUGGCUAAAAAGCAAAUUGUUGCAAAACUAACCACUAUGUACUUUUUUAUAAAUACCAUAUGAACAAAAAAUGGCAUUUUAUAUUAAAUUGUUU